AUGGAUCCACCGUCAUUAUCCACGUUUGGCAGCAUCUCGGCCGAGUGCGAAUAUUGGAAACUGCGCUCCCAGCAGUACUUUGAGGAGCUAAUGGAAGUGAAAAAGGAUUACGACGAGUUCAUAGAGCAAUCCCGUCACAUUGAAAUCGAAAUGGAUGCCACUUUGGAGCAGAAGGAGAAGCAAAUCGAAGAGUUGAUCGCCAAAGCUAACAUUUAUGAGCGAGAGAAAGAGGUCCUCAUGGUAAGGUUGAACUCACAAAACACCGAAAUUUCCUAUAUGGAAAAUCAAAUCGAAGCUCUCACCAAGAAGUUUGAGGGCAUGAAGAUGAAUCUUCGGAUUCUGGAGCAGAACAAUGAUGACCUGGAGCGGGAACAUCGCAUUACCAGGGAUAGCAAGGAGACCAUUGAGAACUCUCUCUUUGAGCAAUACGAAAAGAAUGCCUUGCUCGAAUCGGAAGUGGAGGAGAAGCACGAGCUGGAGGUGGAACUGCAGCGUCUAAAGGAUGAGACCAGAGAUCUCAAGCAGGAGCUGAAUAUAAGAGGCAUCAAGCUGGUACCAUUAGUUAAAAGCCCAGUUAGUUGCAAUUGCAACUCCCUGGAUACCAUAAAAACUGAGCCACUUAAAGCCAAUCUCGGGCAGUUUAUAGUGACGAAGCAGAGCGAAAGAAUUUCCAGGCUGGAUGUGAAGUUGGCCAGGAAUGUCAAGGUUGUCAAUCAGUUUGGUAAUGGUGGUGGUGAUGACCCUAUGGGACCCAUACAAACUAUGGACCAACUUGAAGGCAGUUCUUUAACUUCAAAUCUGCAAUUUUUAAUUCGAAAGACGGUGAGCGAAAUGGUUAGCAAGUUGGAAAAUUUGCAACGAAAACUAAGGGCUCACAGGGAGAGAAGGCCAUUGCCAAAGGCUUACUAA